UCCUGAAAAUAAACCAUGGCUUCAAAUAUUUACACAGUUGUUGUGUUCCAUAAUGAAUUCACAAGGAAGCUUUCACAGUCCAUUAUAUGUAAUUUAUCAGAAAUGCACAAGAAAUGUCAUGUAAAUCAUACUAUUAUAUGUAAAAAUCAAUAUAUUGGCUAAUAAUGUUAAUCUACAUAUUCUAAUUUCAAUUAUUCUUACAAACAAUUAAUAAACCUGUUAUUUUUUUAAUGUUAAACUUUAAAUCAACAGUAAAAUGUUGCUGACUGACGAGUUUUUAAUGCCAUCCUUGUUUACUCUAUGUCAAAUAAAGAGGUUUACAUUAUUGAUAAUGAUAUUAGUAAUACUUCUGUCCAUCAACUCAACAACUCAAGUGUGGUAAAACUGUAGUUGGCAUUUGUAAAUGGCUGCAGUGGGCAUACUGAAAGUAAAAAGCAUUAGUGGUGAACUGCUUUUUUUCACUUUCAUUUCUUUUGUUUGCAUUUUUUUUUGUUUACUCCUACAGCGCAUCAACCACACCAAGAAACAUAUUUUACUAAAGACACAUUCAACACAGACAGAUUUGUUGCAAAUGAAAUGAAACCAAAAGUAUCUAUGUGGCUUGAUAUCAGUAGGUCUGGGUAAAUAUUGACUGACUGAAUGAGACAUUUCAAGGUUAAAAGUCCAAUUCUGUGCAAUGUUUACAUGGAUAAACAAAUGUUAUUUACCUUUAUUCAGCCUUUAUUUUAACUCCCACCGGAAUAAAAUUUGCAUUUGACAUUUGCAGCCCCCCUCGGAGUCCACCAGCGGACAUGGACAGCCAGAGGACACAAUAAAGAUUGUAUGAAGUAAAUCGACACGAAACUAAUAGUGAGCAGGACAAAAAUAGAAUUUGGGGACACCCCCAGUGGAAUUUACGCUCUUGAGCUCUUGUGUACAACAUGUAGUUUCUGUUGCAACAUAUUCCCAACAUAUUUCAUGUCAUUCUCUCACCGUGUUGACAUGAACUGCACUGCCAGAAUGUGAUGUUAUCUGUAAACAAAACUGCUCCGCCUGUACCAGCUGACUGAACCCACAACAACCAAAAACACACCUUAACUACUGCUUCACACACACACACACACACACACACACACACACACACACACAGUGUUGAGCAGCCAGACUGUAACCUCUAAUCUAAUGCAGUUUCCUCACAGGUGUAUGUUAUUUAACGGGAUGAGAUGUCACAAAUGAUGGACAAGACUACUGAAAACUCAGACGAGGACAGGGUUUCUAUCAAGAGCAACGGGAGGACAGCGAGCAACGGGAAGACACCAAGCAUCGGCGGCAUGAAGGACACUCUGGGAAAGUCAUUCAGAAACAGCAUGCGGCGAGUGAAGGAGAUGAGCCCGCUGUCAUCUGGGGGCAAGGGGUCAAAGGUCACGACUGGCAAUGAUUCUGGGUUGCAGCCGCCUCCGUCACCCAGUCUGAGUGCCGGCUCUCCGGUGAUGUCUCCUCUGAGGAACAUCGGAGGGCUUUUUCACAAAAAAGAGGAAGACGAGAACGACGUCUCUUCACAGAAAGGCAAAGGUCUGACGCGUUCAAAGACAGAUCCAAACAUGGGGCUCACUGAUGCUCUCAUUAAAAGAGGAGGGAAUAUACGUCGAAGCCUGACAUUUCGCAAGAAGAAGGAUAACACCUGCAAACAGCCAGCUUCAGUGGAGGAGAUGAAGGAGGAUAAAGAAGAGGAGGAGGAGGUGGUGGUGUGGGAGGAGAUGGAGGAGUCUUACACGCUGCCAGAAAUACCACACACACCGCUGUCAGUGAUGCAGAUCAAUAAGCUGAUAGAGAUGGAGGUGCUGGAGGAGUCUCACCUGAACCUGCUCGCCCUGCGGAAGGAGUUCCAGCAGGAGCAGGAACGCUGCAGUGAGGACUCCCCCAUGGAGCUGGCCAAGAAGGAAAAAGACCUCAACCUCCUCUAUGGAGAAAUGAGGAACAAAUUCAACACCAUCGUGCGUGACUCCAACUCUCUUCCCUCUAGAAACAAGGGGCUGUUGGUGCACGUGGCCCGCAUCAUUCAAGAGGAGGAGAGGAGAGCAGAGGAACCCGGCGGACUUCAAGGUAGCUGGAUGGAGGCCUGGAGGGAGGCGGUGGGCGAGGGCGUGCAGGUAAAGGUGGAGGGUGUUCACCUGGACCGGAGGGAGCAGAACACCUCUUGGUUGGCGGUUCAUCUGGGGCUGCUGGGUAAAGCCAUUGUGGAGGAUUUGGAGAAUGUGAAGAAGGAGCUGCGGUGGUCAUACCCUCCCAGCUUUAAAGUCUUCAGCACCUACGUGAGGAGUUACCACAAAGUCACUGGGCAGCACCUGAAGAAGCUGGAGCCGCAGGUGACAGAGCUGAAGGACCUGCAUGCUCUGCUGGACUGGAUCAUCAACCGCUACAAGAGCGAGAGGAUCAUGGGAAAUCUCUCCCUGCAGCCAGACAUGAAGGAUGAGAGCGCUGAGCUGCAGCUGGAGGACGACCUCCUGAAGAAGCUGAAAGACAAGUACUGCUGCAAAGUGAAGGAGGAGUUGAGAUGUUCACUGGAAAGAAUCAUUGAACUGGAAAAUGAGGAAGUUUGGUCGGAGAGAAAGACUCCAGAGAAGGAGGACGAAUUCCUCAACUCUGAUCUUCACAUGGACGUCUGGACGAAAGUGAAAGGAUAUGUUGUGAACUCUCGACUGAUUGAUGCUCAGCUGGAACAGAAAGUAAUCUCCUCUUGCCUCCAAGAGCUGAACGAGUUUCCCAAGAGAUUUGAGGCGGAGUUCAGGCGUCACUGCAGCGAGCUGAGACCGCAGCCUCUUUGGACCGAGUAUCACAUUACAUACAUCAACAGCUUCACUGCUUUACAGCAGCACAUGGAGGAGUACAGGGACGCCUGUCCCGAUGAGGUGGACAGGUUCGAUAAAGAAGCAAAGUGGCUGAUUAUCAGGCUCAUUCAGGUGCUGGAGGACCACUUUAAAGAGGACGUCAAGCCGUACCUGAGGAGGAUGAUGACCAGGAAGUGGCUCACCAUCGAUGAGGACUUUGAGCAGCUUUACAGUCGGACGGAGCUGCUUUCUCAUCACUGCGCUCUGAUGAGCUCUCCACAUGCUCAGGAGUUUGCGAGCCGUCUGCACUAUCACGUGGUGAGGGAAUACGUCGGUCAGCUGAUGAAGAGCAACUACUCGUGCAAGAACCGUAAACAUGAGAAGGCAGGGAACAAGAUCUGCGGGCAGUGGGGAAGACUCAGAGAUCUGUUUGAGGACAUGAAUUCGACUCACGAGUGGCUCCACGAUGUCGGAGACAACCUGGGCGACAUCAUCAGACAGAAAAGCAAGACAGACAUAAAGAAUCAUCUGCAGCCUUUAGUGGAGCAUUACCCCGACUUCAGCAGGAAACACCUGGUUGCCGUCCUGUACUUCAGAGGGCUGAUGAGAGGCCGCGAGCACCAGCUGAUCCUCCAGCGGCUCACAGAGCUGAAGAAGAACCUGGGCAGCGUCGGCGGCGACAAUAGCCGAGUUUUAUUUGGUGACAUGCAGGUCACCGUCAACACAGACUGCCUCUCCAAUCUGCCUUUCUCCUGCCUCAGCUUCCUGCUGCCCGACAACUAGUGGAGUUCUCUGAGAGGAGGACGAUGAAAGCUCAACAGGUGACAGUAAAGUUGUGGUUUUUAAAGAUGGGUUUGACACAUUUUGACACAUAUUAAGAUUCUUGUUCUCAAAUGUCCUUCUGAAAUGAAAAAAAGCACUUUUUGCACAGAAUCAGGAACGAGUGAACUUGUGUUCUUCUAAAAGCAAACAUUAGAUGUCUCCUCUAACAAACUGUUAACUCUAGACAUGUGCAUCCACUUUAAAAACACAUUAGAAGUGACGCGCGUGGUGUGUUUCUUAUUAGUGGUGUUUCCAUCAUUGUGAGGAACUGCAGGACUGUUUUCUGGGAAAGAAAAGAUUUCACCAACUAAUCCGGAUAAAGUCCACUCAUCAAAGAUUGUGAAACUUUCAUACAUGGAAGAAUGUGAAGUUCUCGGCAAAUGUUAUAAAUUAAAGGAAGGUUUCAGGGGAGGUUUUCUAAACUCUAACACUAAUUUUCUGUUGAAUUACACUUUUGUUGCAAUAUGCAUCUCGUUUGAUGGCUGUGUUAGAUGCCAAUUUGAGGUUAAAGUGUCAGAUUAACUCAUAAAAACUGUGGAAGACUCUUUGCACGUGAGUGUGUCGAGUGCAGUUUGAGUGAGGAGCUGAACCUCAUGGACAUUUAUCAGGACAUGAGCACUCCAGAUGGUCUACAUAUGGCUAGAGGUUGUUUGUUUUUUUUGUGAAAUUUGUGUUCUUCUACUGUCUUUCUGUCAAAUCUCUGAUUUCAGAUGAGCCUCUGUGAUUGCAAUGCAGAAAACUCUGCAAAACAAAGCUCAAUGUGAUUCUCUCUGCACAUUUAUGUAUUCAUUUAAUCAUAAUUCUGUUUUAUUGUAAAUACUCUAUGCAUGUAUGAUUGUUGUCAAUCAGGAGAAGUGAAGAGUUUCGUAUCUCAGGAUAUCAGGGUUUAAAAACUUUUUCUGACCAACAAUGCCAGAUUUUAGGAACCAAAGUUUUCAUGAAUCACGACAAUUUUACAAAUUGAAAUAUGAAAUGCUUCUGUGUUAGAUUUUUCCUUUUAGCGUAAAGAAAGAAUAUAAUGUUUAAAGCAUAUUUAACCUUUUUUUAAUAAAAUAUAUGAAACAAAUUAAAUCUCAUUAAUCUCCCAUUACUCAAUCUGCAUGUUGAGAAACUCAUAAAAAAAUACCAAAAGGUUGUAAUUUUGUGUUGUUGUUUUUUUUGUGUCGUUUAAACUAAUAAAUUGAGAUGUAGCAAACAAAACAUUAACAUACAUAAAAGAGGAAAUCAUUUUUGAA